GUUUUACUGGAGCAUUUUGCAGAAGAAGAUGCGUAUCAAAUUGUCAGUGAAUUGUGACAGAUGCAGGAGGAAAGCAAUGGAAGUAGCAGUCAAUGCAAAGGGUGUAAUCUCUGUAGCCAUAGAAGGGGAAUCCGAGGACGAGCUCGUAGUGGUCGGUGAUGGAAUUGACGCAGCUUGUUUGGUUGACACUUUGAGGAAGCAAGCUUGCUAUGCCAUAUUAGAGACUCUAGAAGAAGUUAACCCGGAUAUUCUCACUCCUGAUGAUGAUCAGGUGCAAGAAGAGGAUGAUGAUACAGACGAUUCCAAGAACAUCGAGGCUGCUGAUGAUGAUAACGGUACAGAUCAAAAUGUUCCACCUCAUUGCUGCUUAGCUGAAUGCCCCACCAUUUGCUAUGAGCAGCCACAACAUGAGAUGUCUGAAGUAAUAGUGUAUGAUUCUUAUGGUCCAACCACUGGAUGCACAAUCAUGUAAAUGAAGAUCAACUAUGUAUAAUCCAUAUUCAUUCAAAGUCAAUAUCUUUUGGUACAUGUGUGUAUAUACAAACAUCUAAAGGAAACAAAAGUCACAAAUUUUUUUUUUAAAAAAACAUUCUAGUCUUCUUUCAAGAAACAUACAUUAAAACAGGUUGAAACCUGGAUCUGUUCAUUAGGGAAGAUAUGGAUCCCGGGCAAGAUGUUCGAUUGUAACCCUUCGCAUUGACCUAACCAAAUGUUCAUGAGAGGCUCUGAUUCUAGCAAGUCUGCUCUGCAUACUCUGAAUCACAGGAUGGUUUAAAGCCUCACGCACUCUACCAUAAUGCUCUCGGUCUUCUGAGAAAUUAAUCAGCGCCUCGGCCGCAUUAUCCCUAAGCUCUUCCGACUCAUCCCCCAACCAUUCAAUCAGAAUCGGUAUCAUACCAGACUCAGAAAAGACCUCACGGUCGUUCUCAUUGUAACACAGCUGAGAAAUAGCUCCAGAGAUCCUCUCCCUAAACUCAAGA